AUGGCUCCACCCGAGAAGGAGGUUGACAUCCAAGGCGCUGCUCACCAUGGAGACGAUAACCUCAAAUGUGAUCUUGCGGAGGAGACCGUGCCCAGGCCUGAGAGCAUCGCCAACAUGAGCGAUGCUGAGAUCCAGGCUAUGGAAACGAGUAUGGUCCGGAAGAUGGACAUGGUCAUCAUGCCUAUUAUGGGGAUUCUGUACAUCCUCAACUAUGUUGAUCGAUCUGCCUUGGCAGCGACCAAAGUCUACGGCAUCAUGGAAGACCUCAACAUGACGAACACCGACUUUGCCACUGCCAUCUCCAUUCUCUUCGCCGGUUACAUUCCUUUCCAGAUUCCCUCCAACCUGGUCAUGACCAAGAUCCCGCGUCCCGGACUGUACAUUUGCAGUGCAGCCGCCGUCUGGGGAGCUGUCAGUGCCUGCACUGCUGCUGUCAAGUCGUACGAGGGUCUCCUGGUCGUCCGUGUGUUCCUUGGUAUCACCGAGGCCGUUUUCUUCCCCGGCGUUAUCUACUUCCUCAGUGCCUGGUACACCAAGAGCGAGCUCGGCAAGCGUCUUGCGGCCCUGUUCAUGUUCCAAAUGCUCGGUAGUGCCUUCGGAGGCUUCGUCGCUGCCGCCUGCCUGACUCUCGACGGCCGCUACGGCAUCGCAGGCUGGCGAUGGCUGUUUAUUGUCGAGGGUGUGGUCACUGUCGGGUGCGGUCUGCUCUUUGCGUUGAUCAUGCCCGAGUACCCUCACAAUGCUCGACUCCUCAAGCCCGUCGAGCGCGACUAUGCUGUCUGGCGCCUCGAAAGGGAGGCCGGUGCUGGUGAGGCUCACGAGGAUGUCACCACGUGGGGCGGCUUCAAGCAGGCCAUGCUCGACCCCAAGAUCUGGACCCUCGUCUGGUGCAUGGGCAUGGGCCAGGCUAUGGGUUCCAUUGUCAACUUCUUCCCCUCGAUCGUCCAGACUCUCGGUUACAACAAGAUCAACACUAUGCUUCUUACUGCUCCGCCAUACGUCCUUGCCGCCAUCACCUUCUACGCCAUCUCGUACAUUAGCGAUCGCAAGAACUGGAUGUACGGCAUCAUCGUGUCCUGUCUCGCUGUCGCUCUGCUUGCCUAUGCUAUCGCGCUGGGAACCAUCCAGACCGGCCCUCGCUAUUUUGCCAUGAUGCUUAUGCCUUCGGCGUGCUCUGGACCGCAAAUCAUGCUGUACAAGACCCUGAACCUGCACAUGGCGCGUCCGUACCCCAAGCGCGCCGCCGGCGUGGCCAUGCUCAACGCCAUCGGUGGCCUGUCAAACGUUUGGUCGAGCUACCUGUACUACGAUCCUCCACACUAUUAUGCUGCUUUCGGUUGCCUACUCGGCUGCACAAUCUCGUUCAUUAUUACCAUCACUGGAUAUCUGGUUUGGGUCCGCCGUACCAAUAAGCUGCUUAGCGGCACGCCCGAGCAGCAACGCAAGGCCAUGAAAUCUGGUGUCACCCAGCAGCAGGUGGAUUUGGGAUGGCGCUACAUUGGCUAUUAA